AUGGCGGAAGUUUGGAGAAGUCACCUGUUCGACCUAGCCCAUGACCUCACUUUCUCUUCGACUCGGCAGUGGGUGGAAAGUUCGCAGCAUCUGCUUGACAAGGAAACUUUCAUUCUAGCAUUGGUGGUUGCAUGGAAAGCUUGGGAUAAUAGGAACCUAGAUAUGAAAGGCGAGAAGUACUUGCUAUCGUGCGAGUUGGUGACUUGGAGUUGCAAUUAUUUGGCAACGUUUAAGGCAGCCCAAAUCCGACCCAAUGCCAACCUUACACAGUUGCACCCAAGCGAGUGGAUCCCCCCUCCACUAGAUGUGAUCAAAUUAAACUUCGAUUCAGCACUUCCAAUAGGUGAAAAAAUUCUAACUAUAUCUGUUGUGGCAAGAAACAACGAGGGUACAUGCAUGGGAUGGAAAGUGACAAGGCUAGACGGAAACCUCCGCCCAGUGGAAGGAGAAGCUCUCGCUGCAUUAAGGGCUAUUGUUUGGGCAAAGGAAAAGGGAUGGGAGAACGUCAUUCUGGAAGGAGAUUGUAUCCAAGUAAUCAACGCCCUUCGUAAUGGAGAAGCUGAAUUUUCAUCGUUUGGAUCACUAGUUGAGGAAUGUUUUUUUAUUGCGAGUACCCUUAACUCGUGUAAUUUUAUGUUCAUCAAGCGUGCAGGCAACUCUUUAGCUCAUUCUAUUGCUAAAAUUCCUUGUAUCGACUAUUUGGAGGGCUUCAACCUUCCUAUGAAUUUGACGGAUGUCGUCUAA